GCAUUCCUCUUGUGAACUUAAAUGCUGCAACGACCAGGAGUGGUCUAACAUUGUAGCCAAACACUAUUUUUAUUUUUAUUUUUAUUUUUAUUUUUUUCCGGAAGGUAACACUUUUUUUUUUUUUUUUGAUAAGUAACAUUGUAGCCAAACACUUCCAUAGUCGAAAGCGAGGACGAACGAGAGAGGCAAGGUCGAACAACAACACUGCGAUCGUCGAACAACAACGAAGUUGCAAAGUUACUUCAGACGAUCUGCACAGUUUAGGAUUUCCAUGGUAUUGAUAGGAGAGAUGGAUGGGGAAGUCCCCAAUAUCAAGAAGUGGAUUGUAUUAUAUCCAAUUUACAUAAAUUCAAAGAAAACGAUAGCUGAGGGAAGGCGAAUAAGCACAAGCAAAGCUUGUGAAAAUCCUACUUGUACUGAGAUUAGUGAUUGCUGCAACCAUCUCAAACUCCCAUCUGCAAUUGAGAUUGAUAAGGCAUAUCCACGUGAUUUCAUGCAAAGAGGAAGAGUGAGAGUAUUGCUGAAAAAGGAGGAUGGGAGUUUUUACAAUCCAACAAUUUCUUCUAGAAAACAACUAAUGCUCCGUGUUGCAGAGCUGGUACCUAGACACCCUGGGAGGACCAAAAAACCGGAGCCUGCUGCUGCAUCUUCGUCAGGUGCUGGACCAUCCAAAUCUGGGAAGGGUGGGAAAAAGAAGAGAUAGCUUCAGUAUUGCGAAUCUGUCAUAGCAGUUUUCUAUCUGAUUCCAACCUUAGUUCCUUUUGUGAAGAAUAGGCUUCUUCCAGAGAGGCUCCCAAUUUUUAACUACAAGUGGCUCAACUUUUUUUUUCUAUUUUUGGUAUUUUUCUUUUGCAAGUUACUGUUUGUUGUUUGAAAUACAUAAAUAGUGACCGAGCGGAAGGAAGGUAUGAAAGUGGAGGAUAGGCCAUAUAAGCUUCGGCAAUCAGUUCUAUAUUAGUUAUGUAUUGAAAUACAUAAACCUUGGUGCUUUAUGAAAAGUGUCAUUUAGUUUGCA